GCCAAGAUGGAGGAUCAGAAUCCUGGGCCUGAGCUUCAAAGGUUUUAUCACCAGUUGCUGAGUCCUCUAUCUCUUUUCCCGCGCCGGGCGACGCCACCAGAGCCUCAGAAGCACCGCCCAGAGGAGGUCUUGAGAUGGCAGACCAUAUCGCUCGCUAAGCUGAGGGUGGCUUCACUGUGCAAUCAAGUGGCCAAGCUACUGGCUAGUAGCGGGCUGACGGCGCAGGUGGCUCCCAAGGAGCGACUCCGUCUCACCGAAGUCAUCUUGAACGAGUUGAAAUGCAGCUGGCAGGAACCUCCUUUGGAACCUAGUCUUAGCUAUGGGGACAACCAGAAGCUGAGGAAGCGGCUCGAGACCUACGUGCUGCUCAGCAGUGAGCAGCUCUUCUUACGCUACUUGCACCUGCUGGUGACCAUGUCGACCUCCAGGGGAGUCUUCACAGAGUCAGCCAUCCUCACUCGGUUGGCUGCCAGCCUUGCCAGGGAUUGUACAGUAUUUCUUACCAGUCCCAACGUCUACCGUUGCCUGCUCAACGAUUUCCAGGCUCUGCUGGAGAUAGAACAGACCCAUGGCAAAGUGAACAAGCUACGCCCCAUCUGCCCCUCUGGGACUUUCAAAUUAUGUCCCAUCCCCUGGCCUCAUAGCACUGGCUUUGGCCAAGUGCCGUGCUCUAACCUCAAUCUGAACUACCUCAUCCACCUUAGCCGCCCACCAGAGUUUCUCAGGGAGCCUGAACUGGAUCCAGUAACAGAGUUAAAGUCCAUCCUUCAGUUGAAGAGUAAAAAGCAUCUUCACUGGCUGCCCUCCAUAAGAAAGGAAAGAGAAAGCGACUUGGGUUCAUCACAGAUGCUGCCACUACCCAGUCACUCUCUGACUCCCACCAGGGCCAUUUCCCCUCUUCCCUUCCCUCUCUAUUCUAGGCUCCAGAGAGGCCAGUCCAUGCCUUCCCUUCGUGAAGGCUGGAUGCUGGCUGAUGAGCUGGGCCUUCCUGUACUCUCCACCCGCCCUUUGACCCCAUUGAUUUUGGCUCCAGAGAGCAAACCAGAGCUGACUAGGGACACUGUGGCCGAGGAUCUGAAACAAAAGAUGAAGAACAUGAACUGGGAGUGGACUCACUACUCACCAUUGGACACGGGGCUUCCCCGACUCCUGGGGGCGGUGACCUACCGCUCAGCUGCUGGACAUCGCAUGGUAGAGCUGCAGAAAAUGUUGAAGAGGCUCCGGGAGGAAGAAGUCUCUGGGCAGUGGGACCUUCAGCCCUCCAGAUCACCUCCAUUACAACCACAGCCAGUGACCGUUACUUUGAAGCUAAGAAAUCAGGCUGUGGUCCAAGCAGCUGCUGUGCAGCUCUCUGAUAGAAACUUUUUGGACUCUUUCCAUGUUGAGGGGGCUGGAGUCCUAUAUAACCACCUAGCUGGUGAACUGGACUCCAAAGCUAUUGAAGAAAUGGAUGUUGAUUACUAUGUUGCCAAUAACAUUAAGGAGGUCUACAAGGAGUUGAUGAGCUGUGUCUCUACUAACCACCUCAGUUUUGACCAAGAACAUCUAGUUGAAGCUUCAGCGGAGAAAGAUUGGUCAGCUUUCCUGUCUUCAGCUUUUCUACGCCAAGAAAAAAAGUUUCAGACUAUCAACCCUGACCUGGUUGGACUUUACUCCCAGAAAACAAACACUUUGGAGUCUAACCCUGAGAAGAUAGCUUCUCUCACAUCACCUCAAGCAACAAAAGCCUGGGAGAAGCGGUCAAAUAAGGCCUCCUGGGUGAGCUGGUGGAAAAACACCUUAUCUGUGAAUGACUACUUCAAGUACCUCACAAACCAGGAAACAGAUUUCCUCCAUGUAAUUUUCCAAAUGUAUGGAGAGGAGGCUCCUGUAGAAGUAUCAGCCCCUGUCAAAGAGACUAUAGAGAUUCAGCAUCCUCCUCCCUUGACAGAAGAUGAAGAACCAGACUUUGUGCCAGGAGAGUGGGAUUGGAACACAGUGCUACAGCACAGGCUACUAGCUGGAAGGCCCAAUAUCCUGAGCCUGCAGAAGCAUCUGGAAAGAUUGUGGUCUAUGCUGGAGGUUCCCAACAAGAUCCGACUGGACAUGGUCAUUAAGUACAGCUCUAAUGCCCACCUACAGCAACUACCAUCACUAGUGAAGGCUUGGGAACAGGCUGCAAAGUCCAUUCAGCUGCGGGAAGCAUUGCUGGGGAGACUCGAGGGGUUUGAGCAACAAGCCUCCGAUCCCAACCGUUUCUUCCAAAAGACUCCCUUUGACCUAAGUCAUCUCCUAGAGCAAGAACAGUUCCGCAGCUAUAUCCAAAAGCAGCUCAAUCAAAUGGAGCCUUCUUUGGUUUCCCUUCUAGAGGAGAUUGAGCUAAUCUUUGGUGAGCCAGUGACCUUCAAGGGCCGGCGCUACCUGGACAAGAUGAAGCGGGACAAAGUGGAGAUGCUGUAUUGGCUCCAACAGCGUCGCAGGCUUCAAAACCUGAUCCAGGCCCCAAAGACCUCCCUCCAAUCAGCUCUGUUCAGGAAUAACAGCAGCCGGCCUUUAAUUGCUCCGGGAAAUAGUCCAACCAGCCUUUAA